ACGAUUGAUAAGCGUUUGGUAGCCACAGCUGGUGUUGCUCACGUUCAUAAGCCAGGGUGCAUCGUAAUUACAUGUCGUGUCACUGUAAGGAGGCUAGAGGUAUCGUAUACGCUCGGUUUUCGUUGUGAACACUAACACAGCUAGAAAGGACCAACAAUAUUGGGACAGGAGUACAGUAUAUACUACACGCGUUUUACCCCUCCUAGCCAAGUUUAACGUGUAAUAUAAUCAAGGUGAUGUUAGACCCUUUGAUGGAAACUCGAACCUAGUUUCAAGCAGCAUUCCAGAUAAUGAAGCUGGGUUUUGUAAUGCCACCUGCACUUUCCACCUGCACUUUCCACAUCCAUGGUAUAUUCGUGCGCAAGGAAACUUUCUAGUUUACAUACCCUUGCAGCAAAUGCAACUAAUUAAAGAACUCAUUUGCCUUCCAUUCGAAUACCUUUGACCAGCAGUUAAAGAUCUAACUACAAUGAACCACAAUGACACAUGGUUAAUUAACUUCCUUAGUACGUUCUUCCAACUGUUUCCCAAUGAUAUCAUUAACGUUAUAUUGGACUUGCUUACGCAAAAACAGAAACAUGUUUUUGUUACGGAUUUCCCCAAUAAUAAUAUCCGUCUGGUUGCUCGUGCCAACUACUAUCGUAAUAUUCAUUUUGUAACUCCAUUCCUGAGAAGCUACGUUCUAUUUCAUUUUGAAAAGUCAACUCGGGUCACGUUUGUUGGGAUGGAUAAAAUACUACAUUUCAUGGAUUCUUAUCCUGAUGUUAUCCCCAAAACCUUAGUUCUUGAAAUUAGUUUUUUAGAUUACGAAAAUCUUAAAGCGAUUUUAACCAAGUACCAUGAUAAGAUCAGUAAAAUCUCUGAAAUGAGUAUCAUAUUAAAAAAUUACGAGAUUAAUAUUGCCUUUUUGAACUUCUUAUUAUCCUUUGAUAAUUUGACAAACUUGGUUUUUGAACAAACAAGCUUGAAGCUGAUACGACGUUUUUUUAUUAACAAUUCGAGGUUUAUUCAUCAUCCCAGACUUAGCCUGAUUAGGAUUUCUAGCCUGUACGUCAUUGAUUGGCUGGGAGUACAAUUUCCCCAAAAAUUGAAAAACCUUGAGUUACCAAGGGCUAAGAUUUCUACAGUAAAUAUCCCUGCAGAGGUGGGCAGAAUUUGUUUUACUAAAUCUAAAAUCAAACAUUCGAAUGAGUUAAGAAAUAAGUUACCCGAGAAUUUGACUGUUCUUGAACUCCAUUCAACUGGUUUGGAAUGUCUCAUGGUUGAUGAUUUGCCAGUGGGACUAACCAAUUUAAAAAUAUCCAGGAAUCCCCUCAAUAAGAUUUAUGGGAAGAGAUGGCCACCCAAUUUGCAGAAACUAGAAUUAGAAUUUCAUAAACUAAAUGAUGAAGCGUUACAAUUUGUGAAUGAAUCAAUUGGGUGGCCCUUAAAUGUGACUCACUUGACUAUUCUGGGGACUAAACUCAAAGAUCUUUCUAAUUUAAGUAACCUACCACAGAGUUUGAAGCAUUUGAACAUAUCAAACACCCAUUGGAAUUUGGUUAAAGAAAAUACCAGAUUUGAAUUCCCUCGAAACUUGAAAAUAUUGCAUAUGAGUUUCUGUGGACUUCCUCGUUUAAAAUAUUUGAAAUUUCCAUCAUCACUUGAAGAUUUGUCAUUGCCUUUAAAUCGAAUUCAUAACAUACUAACAUACGGUGCUUGGCAAGAGCUUGUUAAUUUGAAACGCUUAGACCUCGAUUAUAACUCAAUUACCAGCUUGGACAAUUGGGUUAUACCCCCUAACCUUGAAUACCUUUGCUUACUGAAUAAUCGAAUCAAAGAGGUAACCCUGCGGUUCCCUUUGUUCAAUAAUAAAUACAACUUCAACCUUAAGGUAUUGAAAUUAUCCCGUUGCCAACUAUCUAAAGUGAGAAUAGACUAUAUUCCCCCCAGUAUGGUACGAUUAGAUCUUUACCAAGAUGACUUAAUUGCUCAGAUAGUGUUGCCUAUAGAUUCUAAACCAUGUUUGAUCCCACGGGGGUACAGAUUCAAAAGAAUGAAUUACAUGCCCGUUAAUUACUGUAAAGUUUAAAUUCGACCGGAACAAGCACUUUGCCCAAGUCGAUGAUUUCGAUUAGUAUCUGGGUUAAAAACACAAGACAAAACAAUGGUAAUGUUUAUACAAGAAUUACUAUAGUAAAUGUCAUGCUAUUCUAUGUAUAUUGGAAUCAGCAAUUCCAAGUCUCGCUAAUGUGAUGCAUCUGGCUACAUUUGAGUCAAUAUCAAUAAAUCUGUCCAGGGAAUAGCCGUGUUAGAUAUUUCUUUUUAAGAAAAACAUUUUGAAUAUAUCAGUGCAUGUGCACGCUGUGUUGGGUUAGGUUUGAGAUUACUGGAAAACUGGUACUCCAAAUGAUUUAUUCUGUAUAACUCUUAUCAGCUAAGGAAAAUUUGCUUUCUCAAAGGACCCGAGUUAUAUCUAUCAGGUUCAACCAAGAAUGUUGAAUUGGAUAGAAGUAGAAUUACAUCGAACAUAAACGUGAGUUAACUUGCUUGUAACAUGUAAGAGCCAAUGACAAAUUAAUUUCAACGACUCUUCGAAAGACAUCAACAAUAGUAAUUGAUCAUAUUUAUUGAAAAGAAAUAACAUAUAAAUAUGCAAAACUAUGAUUACAUUCAAGAAGUGAUAGUAGUAGGGUAACGCCGAAAGGAACUUAGUGGCCUGAGUGUUUACAAUCUAUUAGUUGUUGAAGCUAAUAUGGCCAAUAUAUGUAAGAUUUUGGAAAAUUAUACAGAAGCAGCCGCCAUGACUUUCAUAUUUCCAUUAUUUGAUUCUCUUUCUCUGUAAUGUUCAAAAAUUUUAGUGAAAACCAUGACAUUUUACAUCUUAAUAGUCAAAACCGAAGGAAAUUCUUAUCUGGAAAAAAGUAGUUCAAAAAUUACAAUGCAUUAGAUUCUUCAUUUAUUACUAGACCUAUUAUUUAGCACAUAACUAUUAUAUAGCAUCCAAAACAAAAAAAUAUAUAGCAACGCCAUGACUUAGAUUUUACUGGAGCUAAUUAUUAAUUUCGAGCCAAUAUUCAGUGCAAGAGCAAUUUAUUUGGUGACUGCUUUUUUCGUCACACUGAAAUAUCAUAUGUGCUAGAAGCAGGUCGAUCUUAUUGUACUGCUUGUGGCAAUUCACACAUUUACGGAACAAAUCCUUUACCAAGCUACCAUGUUCUUCAAUAUGCCUUCUAGCGGCAUCCAUAUUAUCUAGUGUCACCCCACAGCCAUGAAAUAAACAAGUGAUGGUCCCGGAAUUAAUAUCUAAGUGGUGGUCGAUACCUUGGUCCAACAUGUCCCGGGAACUUUGGCUCAUGUGUGAUACUAUAUGGACUUGAAUAUUUCCCUCAUAGUGGGUGAAGUAGCCGCACCUAGACCAUUGGCAAUGGAAAAUGCCACUUGCGUGUUCAAGUUUCCAGAACUUUUCCAAAACAACUCUGCAUGCAGAAUUAAUACCGCCAUCAGUUACAAAUAUACUCCUUUGUUGGUCUUCGACUGAUGUUGUUCCAGGUUCUUCACUUUCGGGGACCAUAUCUUGGUUCAAUUCUUCUUGAUUAAUCAUAGAGGCGAUUGGUACUACCGAGUUUCUAUUACUUCCAUAAUGUGAAAAUCUAGCCGGUAAAGAGACCGAGUAUUGCAUGAAUGGGUUUGCUGAAUUUGGUGGUGAAUUUUGUUGGAUGUUUGGAAGGCUUGAGGUUUUAAUUUGACGGUAUAUUAGCUGAAGGGUGUUCCACCCGGAUAACUCGUUCUCAAACUUUAUGUUUGACACGUUGGAGUCAAUUUCUAAGAAUAACAACAUCAUUAUGAACUUCAUUAGAGUUUCUACCCUUUCAAUUGCGUCAUUUAAAAGAUUAUGAUCUUCUGGGUUGAUUAAAAAGGGAACUAGAUGCUCCACAAAAAGCGAACAAUUUUGAGAUAAUAAAAGCAUAAAAAGCUGUCUCAAAUGUUGUUCUGAUUGUGGUGGAGAAUUUGACAAAUAUAUUAUUUCGGACCUGACCCUAUCAUCCAUGGAUGGAAAUAAGUUCAGGUGAAGAGACUCAACCAAUAUGUUAAAGAACAUUCCUAGAUAUGAAGGCACUUUGAUGUUUGUGAGAUCAACAUUCCCGAACCCUGCUUCGUUUUCAAAAACAGGGUGAUUCUUAUUCUGGUUCAGAAACUUAUUCCUAUAUACUCCCAUAACGUAGUGAUAAAACCCGGUUCCAAUAGCCAUUCUUGUAUUUGUGCAUGAGCUUAAUAUUUGAGUUUGGAUAGCUGGAGUGUAUCCAAUGAGUUGAGAACAAUGUUCAACCACAUUAUCCACAUUCUCCAAAUCCCAAUACGCAAUAGUUUGUUGGGAGGGACCUUCUCGUGGUAUAGCUUCCACAAUGUAUGUUGGAUCCAGAUAUAUUAAUACCUUUCUACCAUUUAUCUCGAACUCGGUUCCAACAACCAUCUUACCAUGGACAAGGUUGUAUUCAGCUUCUGUAUAAUUUCUCCAGUUUAGAUUUGUGUUGUUGAAGCAGAUCAAAUAGUUGCUAGGUUGAAUUACCAGAAAUAAUCCUGGUCUAUUGAUCAUAAAAGAACUCAUACUCACAAGCUUUUGGUACAUAGAUUCGAUCAAAUGUGAGCGCUGUGGGCCAAUUAUCUGUUUGAUAUCUUGAGUUACAUUUUCUGGAGACAUAAUUGAAUGAUUGCUGUAGUCAAUAAGAAACUCCAUGUAAUAAAUCCAUUGAGGUUGGGACACAUCAGGUAAUAUUUCAGCAUUGGGUGAAUUUAUAACAGGAACCUCCAUAAUUGGUUCUUUUAAUGAGGAAAUUUUGCUUGUUAAGGUUGUCUACUUUGUAUAAGAAGUUUUGCAACACAGAGACGCUCCCGCUCUUAAAAAAAAAAAAACAAUGUAAACAAAAAAUGUGUUGCCACAGACUUUUCUUUCUUAACUCUUUAAAUGCCAGAGUGAACAUUGGAUAUAAAAUCAGUAUUACAAGUAGUAAGUGCUGAGUGGUAAGUAUCUUCCAAUUGGAAUGGAUUUCUCAAAGUUGUUGUCAGUUUCAGUCUAUCUGAGCAAGCAUAUACAAUUCUGUGUGCAGAUUGGUUGUAAGGGUAUGUAUAUAAGUUCCACAUAAUCAAUUGCCACCAUAAGAUUACCAGGCACUUGACUUAUACUCAUGAUAUCCCCAUAGGAAGAACUGGUUAUAUCCAGCCGUUACAUUAGUAACGCUGUGGAUAUAUGGUAGCGCUGGCAUAAACGUAUUUGCUUGAAUUAUUUGCGACAUUAAUUUUUCUGAUUCCUCAUCUCAAGCAACCAGCUCUUCCUAUCACUUCCUCGUUUGAUUAUAUCCCAACAUCCCUUCCAAUGCCAGCAGAUCGUAAAUCAUCAAAGAAAUAUACGGAUAGACAUGCAUCCAAAACAGCCGAUAUAAAACGAGCCCUUGUCCAUCGUGCCAGAAUCAGAAAGAACUAUUUUAAGUUAUUAAAGGAAGAAGGACGACCUGAUCCGCAAGAAACCCAACAAGAACAACAACAACAAGUUGAACCCAAGAAGAAACCAGUGAACUUUGCCGAACGUGCUCAACUUGCUAAGCAAAGAAAAGAAGAAGCAAGAGCGCAAAAAUUACAGCAAGUCAAGGAAAAGAGAGAGAAGUUGGAAUUAAAGAAGAAAGAAAGAGAGAUGAAGAAAGCGGGGUUCUCGAAACAUACCCGAACAGGACAACCUUUAAUGGGACCAAGAAUCAACAAUUUGCUCGACAAAAUAAGGAAUGAUAUGAAGGAGGAUAAAUAGGCACUUUAUACAGUUAAAAUAUAUAUACAUACACACAGCUUUACAAUGAUACUACUCUCUUUAUCAUCAAGGCAAAGUCAUACAAGAAUAACAUGCUUACUCUUCUUUGGUACAUCCACCAAUUCUUGCAUUGUUCAACCCAUUUGCUCAAACUAACCCCUUUGUAUUUGUUAUCGAUUUCCUCGACUUUUUCUUCGUAAACACAUCUAGCACAAUAAUUAGCCAUAAUCAAGAAUGUUCUUUCUGGACCUAACACACUUUGUAAACUCUCAUCUAAAUUUCUAGUCAAAUCAUUAGUCUUGAGAAUAAGUAAUACAAUUCUCGGCAUACUACUCAAAAUACUCAUCAAGUCUUCAAUAAUAGUCAGAUCCAGGUUUAACUGAGAUUGGAUGCUUGACAUUUCAUCCACUGACCUCUUGGUUUUAAUAUCGUAAUUCAAGGCAACUUCGGGUGCUCUACCGGUGAUGGCACUCAUCCAAAUCCUAAACUUUUGUUCUCCUUCUAUACCAGUGAACUUGGUAGUAUACUCUUUCAUUUUAGGUAUAUCGUUGUCCAACACAGCAAGCCAGAAAUGAGCAUAGUUUCGUUUCAUCUCUAUUGGGAUAUUUCUGUAUAAUCCAUGAUCAUACAAUAUGAUUUCAAAGUUGUGCUUAUCUCCUGGUUGUUUAUGUUCCAACUUCCUAAUGGCAAGAUUACCACCAUGAGGAUCACAAUGCAAUCCAACCCCAGGUGUGAAUAUCAUAUUGUUGAAGAUGUGGGACAAACAACUUGACACUUCCAGGGUAUCUAUUCCAUUAUCCUUCAUGUAUUGCAAAUUAUCCAAUCUUGCCCCGGGGACAUACUCCAUAAUCAAAAUUCUAGGUUGGGCUUCAAUAAUCUUGGGGAUUCUUAAUGCAGUUACACCUUUGAAAUCGUGGAAAUAUUCUGCAGUCAGUUUAGAAUUCUCGGCCUCUUUAACAAAGUCUAAUUCGACAAAGAUAGAACUUUGCAUUUCGUCGCCCAACCAGGUUAAGGGGUAUUCUGGAAACACAACGUACAUUAAAUCAAACACCAUUUUCGUCAUGUAUACAUCAAUAGGAACAAACUCCUUAAGCAGAGGAUGUUGAACCUUAACAGCCACGCUCAGCCCGUCUUUUAAUUUGGCAAUGUGAACUUGGGCCAAACUGGCAACACCGACGGGAUCAGGGGAAAACUCUUGAAACAAGUCCAGAAUAGAAUAUCCAAGAUCGCUCUUAAACAUGGCGUCGAUUUCGCCCAACUCACUUCUGGGACAUUGAUCUUGCAAUGGAAUCAUAGUGUCGGUCCAUUCUCGAGGCAAUAAAUAAGUCAAGGCAGUUAUAUGCUGUCCUAGUUUGAUGUAGAUCCCACCGUUCUUCUCCAAGGCUCGUAAUGUGAUCUGAGCACUACGCAAAUGAGUCUUGCUUAAAGCAGCUUCUCGUUCUUCUGGAGUGCUGAAUUCAGUGGAAAGUACCAGCUUAUACAACAGGAAACACCGGACCAUGGCAAUAGUUACAACGGCAACUCUGUCGAAUGUAAGCACUAUAUGCUUGAAGUGAUCAUUGGUAUAGUAAAGUGUGGCUGCUCCGGUAGAUCCAAGGGCUAAUCCUAUUGGUAGUAACCACCGAUUCCUCCGUGGUUUGGGUAUGGUGGUGGAGGACAAGUUGCGAAUAGUGAGUCUGGGAACAACACGACAACUGCUGGAUAUGAACAGAGCAUUGGGAAAAGAGCUUUUGAUAGUUCUAAGUCCAUACAUGGUGAUAUCGAAGGCAAAGCAACACGGUUGUCAAAAUU